CUUAAGAAGCCUCCAUAUUUUCAUUGAUGUUCUGUGUUCUACAUUUAGAUACUUAAAAGAGGUUUUCUCCAWCUUUUAGAGGCUGGAGUAACAGAAAAGCAAUAGAAUAGAUAAAGGUUGGAAAAACCAUUCAUUUUCCAGUCCAAAUAAUGCAGACUCUUACAUUCAACAAAGCAACACUAUGCAUAAUGUCAAUGGUAUUUAUCCAGAUUAUUCUAGUAUUCUCAUGGUAUAACAUGACGAACAAAGCAAAUGGAUUUGAAAACUCAGUCRUCACUAUUGAUGCAAAGUUUGACUGGCAUAGCAUUCCCAAAGAUCCACUUCUGGUUGACUGGACUGAAGUAAGAAAGGGCAAGCAUUUGGUGAAGGAUAUCAAUUGGACGAAAGUAGAUAAGAAACCAAGGCCAUCAGAGCUUCAUGAGAAAUGGGUCGUCAUUACGUCUAUUAAUAAACCUACUACCAUCCCAAUUGUGUGUUUYUAAGUGUGGAAGAUCAGAAAAAGCUUGGCUAUCAAAUAGUCAAUCUGAUUCCUUACAAGAGUUACGCCCGUAAAAACAUUGGCUACCUCUAUGCGAUACAACAUGGGGCGAAACAAAUUUAUGACACUGACGACGACAACCACCCAACAUCUGGGAAAAUCACUUUCUUCGAAAAGGAUUCUGGGGAUUUUCUGGUGUACAACACAGAUGCAAAUGCAGUCAAUCCGUAUUCUCAUUUUGGGCAGAGUACUWUUUGGCCCCGUGGGUACCCACUUGAGAACAUCGCAGACCCCACCCAUCAUAUAUUUGAUAAGUGCCGGGGUGUACAAACCGCAAUACAGCARGGGGUAGUAGAUGGGGACCCAGAUGUCGAUGCUAUUUAUAGACUCACCCGUAAGGAUAAAGGCGUUCGUCUUGAUGUUAAAUUUGACGCCAACGCCCCUGCAGUCUUACUCCCCCCUGGAACAAUGGCACCCUUCAAUUCCCAGAAUACAUUUUUUCUUUACGAAGGAUUAUGGGCGACCUUGUUGCCCAUAACGACUGCCUUUCGUGUCUGCGACAUUUGGCGAGGUUACUAUGCACAACGGUUGCUAUGGGAGAUUGGAGGGUAUUUGUCGUUUUUCCCKCCAAAUGCUGUUCAAGUUCGAAGUGCGCAUAAUUACCUUGAUGACUUCAUYGACGAGAAAGAUCUCUAUCACGACGCUGGUCGGCUGGUUAAGUUCCUCAUUAACUGGAAGUCUGACAAAAAGGAUUUUUUCAGCCGUAUCAUGGACUUGAGUAUUGCUAUGGUGGAAAACAAAUUCUGGGGGGUGAAGGAUGCUCUCCUUACCGAGGCAUGGCUCCACGAUCUCAUAAGUGUUGGUUACAAAAUUCCUGAUUUAAAUCCAACACCAAAAAAAUGCAAGAAUGUGAGYGAGAAGAGAAUCAAGUUGAACCAGAAAGAACAGCCAAGCUCUUAUCUUCGUGCUGGAAAAAAACUGCUGGUAAUUAAAUAAUCCUUUUUUUUUUAAAAAGAAAGGAAAAAAAAAAAA